GGGACAUGCAUACAGGCGACUCCACCUCCACUCAUCUGCUGCAUCCCUUCAUUCCUCUGGAUCCCUGAGCAAAAUCAGUCCUUCAUCCUCCCCGGCGCUCAUUACCAUGGACACCACAAGGAACAUCCUCUCCAUCGCUGAGGCGUUCUCCCAUCUGGUCGUCAUAAUGCUGACACUGGGCCAAGGCGUUCAUGCAAUGCCUGUUCCUACCGAUGUCCCCAUGUGCACAGCCUCUGAACCUGCCCAGUACAGACUAACAUUCACCGGCAAAUGGUCCCGGGCGGCUUUCCCUAAGCAGUAUCCUGUCUACCGACCCCCUGCGCAGUGGUCAAACCUUAUUGGCUUGACCCACAGCUCCGACUACCACAUGUGGCAGCGUAAUGACUUUGCCAGCAAUGGAGUGAGGGAGUUUGCAGAGAAAGGCGAGGCCUGGACGCUCAUGAAGGAAGUUGAGGCGGCCGGCGAGCGCAUCCAAAGUGUUUAUGGGAUCCUGUCGGCUCCUGCUGUUGUGGGAGGAACGGGCCAGAUGAGCACUGUGUUUGAGGUCUUCGCCAGGCACUCCUAUCUGUCGUUUGUCGUGCGCAUCGUUCCAAGCCCUGACUGGUUCGUGGGUGUGGACAGUGUUGACCUGUGUGACGGCGACCAGUGGAAAGACAAUGUGUCGCUGCAGCUUUUCCCAUACGAUGCAGGUACCGACAGCGGAUUCACCUUCUCUUCGCCAAACUAUGAAACCAUCCCACAGGACAAAAUCAUACAGAUCACCUCCUCCUUCCCUAGUCACCCUGCCAACUCCUUUUACUACCCCCGCGUGAAGCACCUCCCACCCAUCGCCAAGGUAACGCUGACAAAGAUAAAGAAGACCAAUCAGAUCAUCAGCCUGCCUGAGCUGCCCACCGAGACCAACGAACUGCUGACAGGGAACGAGAUUGAAGAGGCCCUCAUAAAUACCCCUCUGGACUGUGAGGUGUCAGUCUGGUCUCCCUGGGGCUUGUGCAAAGGCAAAUGUGGAGACCCAGGCGUGCAGCACCGCACAAGAUACAUCCUCAUGCACCCUGCCAACAAUGGAACCCCCUGCCCCCUUCUGGAGGGGGAGAGGAAGUGCAUCCAGGACAACUGCUUAUGACUAGGCCAGGAAAGGCGGGAGAAGAAAGAGAGGAAGGAGAGGAGAGAAAAGAAAGAUAGGACAUCCAGGAAAGGGAGGAAGGGACGAAGACGGAGAAACAACAAGAAAAGGUCUUUGGUAUAUUCACGUAAGGCAUAAACAUGAAGAACCAGAGUCCCUUCUUUCCUCCCUGGCUACGGCCUCUUUCUGUGGAAAUGGCUAUUGUACAGAGUGACUGUAAAACUGAGUAGACUGCAAAUAAAGUCUCAAUCCUCAUGUCACAUUGAUGGAUCUGUCAGCACUACAGAGGUGUAGUUUGGCUACUAUUAUAUAGCCAGUAGAUACCAAUUCAGUUUUGGCAGUUUAUCAAAAUUGUCUGAGGAUUGAACAACAUAUUUUUAAAACUUACCCAUGAACUAACAACAUAUUUUCACUCUGUAAUUGGCUUUGGUUUGACAUUUCUGAAGAUCACAGGCAGUUGUUUGCCUCCCAGCAGCUUUGUUCUGACGGAUUUGGAAACAAAUCCAAGCAAACAACACGUAAGAUCUCAAAUCCCCGUAUCCAAGAAAUACUUAAGAGAAAAUCCAAAUAACAUCAGAUCCUACACAGAGAAAACAUGGUGCUUCAAGUCCUACGGUACGGUAGUACCAACAGAAAAGUGAGUGAAAGAAAAGCAUAAUGUUUACAGAGACAUUGUUGUUAUUUUCCUGAACACAAAGGAUAUAUUUAUUGACAGGAUUUUAACCUGUGGUGUACAGUAUAUCAAAUUCGAUGGUAAAAAUGUGUAGUCCUUUAUGUUACUGUUACUGAGAUUAUGGUACUUAGUUCAAAACAGAAAAUGUAAAAAAAAAAAAUUCUGUAUCAAUAAAGUGUAAAUAAGAUAAUGUCUUAACUGUUUCUUGAAUAAAGAGAUUAUCUUUGUGAUGAAA